AACGUGGUGGAAGGAAAGAAAUUGUGAAGAAACGAAAAAAAAAAAAAAGAAAAAAAAGGGAAAAAGGAAUGGAAAGGGAGUGCAGAUGGGAGAAAUACUUAAGUAAUAACUAUACUUAUCCCGAAGAAUUCGAAAUCAUUGAGUGGGCAUAUCGGUCCGCAGGGUUUCCUCGCGUGUCAAUCAACCCUCGAACAGUGGUCGCCUUUAAUUAUCGAGAUCGUUUUCGCUUCGUAGGCCGCCUGUUGUUCGAGCCUCGAAGGUGGCCGAGGAAUUCCUGUAACCAGGUUCGAAGCUUGAAACCACCGCAGAAGGAUGGGGUGACAAAAUCGAAUCCCAGCAAGCGACAUCGGGAGCGAUUGAACGCCGAGUUGGACACUUUGGCCUCGUUGCUCCCGUUCGAGCAAAAUAUCCUCAGCAAGCUGGACAGACUCAGCAUCCUCAGACUCAGCGUCAGCUACCUUCGGACGAAGAGCUAUUUUCAAGUGGUGAUGCACAAAGACAAGGAAGAAAAUUCGCACCACGAUUCUCACUAUCGGGCGAGGGAGUUGGCGGCGUUCGCCGCAUACGACCAUCAUCAUCUCGACGGCGAAAUGUUCCUGCAGGCGCUAAACGGGUUCCUGCUGAUACUCACUUGCGACGGGGAAGUGUUCUUCGCCACCCACAGCAUAGAAAGUUACCUUGGUUUCCAUCAGUCCGACAUCGUCCAUCAAAGCGUAUACGAGCUGGUACACAGCGAGGAUCGAGAGGAGUUGCAAAGGCAGCUUAUGUGGAACUCGUUUCUUCCCAGUGAAAGUGCAAGUCUCCCUUUGCACGACGCCCUUUCACCCCAACACAGUCACCUUUUGGAGCGAAGCUUCACUGUCCGCUUCCGGUGUCUUCUGGACAACACGUCCGGUUUUUUGCGUUUGGACAUCAGGGGACGAGUGAAGAUACUCCACGGUCAAAACAGGAAAACGGAGGAGCCACCGUUGGCACUGUUCGCCCUGUGCACGCCGUUCGGCCCGCCCUCGUUGCUCGAAGUCCCGCAGAAGGACGUGAUGUUCAAGAGCAAGCACAAACUGGAUCUCGCGCUCGUGUCCAUGGAUCAACGGGGGAAAAUGUUGUUGGGCUAUUCGGACGCCGAACUCGCAAACCUUGGCGGCUACGAUCUAGUCCAUUACGACGAUUUGGCAUACGUGGCGAGUGCCCACCAAGAACUGUUGAAGACGGGGGCCUCGGGGAUGAUAGCGUACAGAUUCCAAAAGAAAGAUGGCGGAUGGCAGUGGCUGCAGACCAGCUCCAGGCUAGUCUACAAGAACUCUAAACCCGACUUCGUAAUCAGCACGCAUCGUCCCCUCAUGGAGGAAGAGGGCAGAGAUCUCCUCGGCAAACGAACGAUGGACUUCAAGGUCAGUUAUCUGGACGCCGGUCUCACCAACAGUUACUUUUCGGACAGCGACAGCCUCACCGGUUCGGUGAUGACUCCGACCCUCCCCAGCCAACCCACGUCUCAGAGAGUGAACAGGCGGUACAAAACCCAACUGAGAGACUUCCUGUCCACCUGUCGGAACAAACGUACCAAACUGUCCGCGCAAUCGUCCGUCUCCCCGCCCGCCACACCCACCGUCGCAUCCGUCGACUACCUCGCCGCCGAUACCAGCGCCGCCGCCGCGGUCGCGGCGGCAUACAGCAACCUGAACACGAUGUAUCCGACCGCUUACGCGCCCACGGCAGUAGCCGCGACCACGGAUCCCUCCUUGACCACGUACAUCGGCCACACGGGCAACUAUCAUCAGACGUUGUACCCUGCAACCGCGUUGGACAACAGAUACCUGACCGCAGCUACGGAGAACCUGUUCCAAUACAGGCCCCUGGGCACGUACUACCCCGAGUACCACACGAGCACAGCGUACAACGGCUUCAUAGACGUCCCCCUGCCUACGUACGAGACCCACCAACUGGCCAGCAAAGCCGAGGAGAAGCUCUACUGCCAGCAAUUGGGCGAGUCGCCCAAGUACAGCUACGUGGAGGCGAGACACCCGAGCAGCGUGAGCGGCUCUCCCUACGCGUCUAGCCCCGUUGCUGCGACCGCCUCGACCGCCAUGCAGCAGCAGCAGCAGCAGCAGCAACAGCAACAGCAACAACAGCACACCGCCGACAUCGGCAUCGUUCGAGCGGGCAGCAGACACUCCCUCGAGGGUGGGGCUGGCUCGUCGAGCAAUUCCGCUGGAAGCUCGCCGGUCACAGGGGCUACGAACGGCGUGCUGACGCCGAAAAUAGAGGACGUGAAGCCGGAAGUGUACGGGGGCGAAGCGCCCCGGCAAACGGUGCUCAUGUGGGGGGCGCCACCCGCUCGCACGCCGCCCAGGAACAACGGCAGCUACAGCCCACCCACGCCUCACUCCACUCACUCGUCCACCCACUCGACCAACGCCACGGGGGGCGGGGGGGAUCCCCUCAAGUCGUUGGCGGAAAUGAACUCGAUGAACGGGGAGUGCAAAUGGCGGCAGGCGUCGCCCGGCGAGCAACAGGGCGCGGCGCCCAGCUCGCCCAGGGCCAAGGCGCAGCCGCAGCAGCAGCAACAACACCAACAACACCAUCAGCAACAGCAGCAACACCAACAGUACCAACCGGUGACCACGUCUCAGUAUCAAGCGGCGGCGGCUGCAGCUGCAGCGGCCGCGGCCGCGGCGGCGAGCACUAUCGGAUACGCGCACUCGCAUCCAGGCCACGGCCACGGGGAUACGGGCUCCGAGGUAUGGCAAGGAGUGCAACACCACCACCACUACCAGUACUAUCCUUACCACCAUCACCACCCCGCACCACCAAGGCACGCGCCCCACACGCCCCCGUCAGCUGUGGGAACAACGGGGACAGGAGUCGGCAUGGGCAUCGGGCAGGACAGCAGCACCAGCAACAGCAACGUCUUGUACCACCCCCCGCACCACCACCACCAUCCUCAGCACCAACACGCGGUGGGAUCAUCAGCGGCGGGAAUGGGCCCAACUGUCCCUCAGAUUCCAAACCGGACACCGGGAGUCCUUUGCUGUCCAUCUCUGAGGUGACUAACACCCUGCUCAACCAAUAGCCUCCUCGUCACCUCGGCAUCGCUCCGUUUCAGUGAUCAAGGUAGUAUCUCUCAGGAGAUGGUUUCACCGAGGCGAAUCACAAAGCGCGUGACUGUACCAUACAGAUAAUACCAGGUUAAAAGCCUGUCAAAAAGUGUUUCCCCGCUAACGUAACUCGUUACAGUUUGCCACGACGUGUUAAGUUUUCACGAGGGGGGGGUUAUCCUCGGGAAGAAUUUCGAGUCGAUCGCUACGUCGAAUCGUGAAAUCGCGAAAUCGAAAGGCGAUGAUUACAGGGAUAUGUAUUUCCCUGCAUUCGAAACGAGCGGGGGAACCGGUGGAGAUCUAUGAUCCACGUUUCGAACCGCGUUCGCGUGGCAAGUUUUCCGCUGAUGGAGAAUGAUUGAUAGAGAAUUUCUGCGAGCCGAACGUAUGUAAUUUAAAAGGUACGUUC